AUGUAUAUACCAUUCCCUCCCCGAGACCCCCGCCACCAUCUGUCCUCCGCCGCUGCAGCCGGCGCCGCCCGCUGGGCAUUGCGCCCGGAACCCGGUGCCGGCCCGACUCACUCCACCGCGGCGGAGCGACCUUCCUCCCGGUUCCUCACACAUCCCGAUCCUGAUGAGGUUGCCGCAUACCCCAAGCCCACUUCACGAAUCCUCCCAUCCAUUGCUGGCGUCUUGAACCAGUUAUCAUCGGUUGACAACCGAAUCUCAAGCCUUCGCAAGCGCGGAUCGUCCAUCCAGAAUACAAACAUCACGAUUGGCGUCACUGUCGGAAUCCUCCUGGCAGCCUUCCUCGUGGCUGUCUUCCUGUUCUGCCACAGAUACAGGUUCUCCAUCCGGUUCACCAGGAAGAAGAAGCGGCACCGGCGCAAGUUGGGAAGCUCCAAGAGCUCCAAGGCGUCGUCGGAUGGCGGCGCAGCACCCGCAGAAGCCCCCCCUCCGCCGGCGGGCUAA